AUGGAUUUCGCCUACGAUCAGAUCCAAGAGGAAUCUCUCCCUGCCGACGCCUCGACCUCCUCAUCCUCCACCGACCGCCCAAACACCGACCUCAACACUGAAUUCCAACAAGCCUUCAAAGCCGUCUCUGCCUCACCCUGGGGCGCCCGCCUCGGUGGUUUCUGGUCUCAAGCAAAGAAACAAGGAGAGAGUUUAUACUCUGACGCACAAAAGGAAUACGCUUCGAGGUCGGAACAAGCAGCGAAAGUGGCAGGAGAGCUUCAGAAAUCGCUGGUGGAGAGCACAAAGAACAUAUCCAUAAACCCUGAGGCUGGGGCGGCGAAUACGUCGUUUUCGGAUCCUACAUUUGCGUUACCGGAGGUGGAUGCUGGAGGGGAGAGGGAAAAGGGGAAACAGAAGGAAGGACAGACACAGGGAGGUGUGGAAGCAACAGCAGCAACAGCAGCAACAUCACGACCGGAUUCCCUCCCUGCGGAUAUCGUGAAAGAGGCUUCAUCUUUAGUCUCUCUGUUGCGCUCCAAAGCGACCGCCGCAACGGCAAAUCUCAAUCUCCAGAAGAUACAAGCGGCCGAAGAUGCAGCAGACGAAGCACUCCUCAAAUUCGGCACUGGAAUCAAGUCCUUCCUCCGCGAUGCCGUUACCGUAACCGCCCCUUCCACCUCCGCCACCGGAAACACAGAAGUCCUGUUCGAAACGAAUGAUGCAGAGGGAAAACGCGUUAUCCAUUCCUCCCGCUUCGAUGCGCAAUUGCAUGUCAUCCACACAUCGGCUCAGAGCUUUACCACCGAUCCCGAUAGUCCUGAAUACGCUGCUUUCGCUAGUAGCUUCGACAUCGCGGCAAAAACAGAUGCCAUAGCAGCGGACCUGGAGAAAUAUCCUGAAUUGAGACGGGCCAUGGAAAAGCUGGUGCCGGAGAAGGUAGACUACACAACUUUCUGGACGAGAUAUUAUUUCCUGCGCAAGGUUAUUCAAGAAGAGGAGGUCAGAAGGAAGGAAGUGUUGAAAGGAGCAACCCAAGAAACAGACGAGGAAAUCGCAUGGGGUUCCGACGACUCUGACGAUGAAGAAGAGGAUAAAGCAGCCACACCUACAAAACAGCAAACCUCUGCUUCUACCACCGCUUCUACCACAGCACCCACUUCCACUUCUACGCCCUCCAAACCUUCCACAACACCCGCCAAUACAUCAACAUCAACAUCAACACCAGCACCCGCACACGAGGAAGAAACAAAAUCAAUCUCCUCAUCUUCCGAAACUUCCUACGACAUCAUCUCAGGCACAACCUCCCGCGCCGCCACCUCGCCAAAAGAAGAAAAGAUUGCAACAGCUCCCACGACAACCAAGAAGAUUGACGAGGAAAGCGAUGAGGAGGAUUGGGAGUAA